AUGCUACCAAGCGCAGGAAACUGGUCGUCUGGGCCAUUUACUACCAAUGGAGAUGCAGAGAGCACCGGCUACCGAAGCAGUGAAGAUGAUUUCAUUGAGCUUGUUCCACCCAACUCAUCAUCACCUGUUUCGCCCGCUUUCGGUGAAACGAUAACGGAGCAGAUCAACAUCGAUGUUGAGGAAGAUUCCGACGGGGACAUGAGAGAUAUCGCCAGCUAUGGGGAAGGUAAUCCCGACGUAAGGUGGCUUCAGGAAUGGAAAGACUUGAACCUAAACCUAGCAAUCGCCAGCCAGAUUGAAUUCUUCAAGACUCGCCCAGCUUUCAACAACUCAAGUCCCGCCUAUAUCUAUUUUUUCAGGGCGAUCCGACGUACCCUUUUAGAAGCGAAGGCUGCUGCGGUAACCAUCGCAGAAGACCCGAUCGCAACAGCCCACCUCAAAUUACUCAAGCGAUACUUCGAAUACUUCAAAGAUACUACGCGACACUUACUCAGCAUAGACCUGAAGACCAUCCUUACAUACGACUUUCGUUUGUGCGGCAAUGUGGAAAGCCUUGAGAACAUGUUGAACAUGAACGGUGGGUUCUUGGAAGCAACGACGGAGAUGGCUUUCUUUCUUUGUCUUGAAGAAGAAUGGGAACGUGUGUCGACAUUCGUGCAAGCAGCAAAGAAAAACCUCGCCGCCGAUAAGUCUCACGCCUCAUUCAACGAUAUUGUUUCGUCCAUAAAAGACCUUCAGCAUGGUCGACCAUUGCUCCACCCGGAAGGACCCCUGGCUCCAGGGCUAUUGGAGAUGAAUUACGAGUUCACCGACGCAAUCUGGUCUCAAUGGAUCGAGGGCUGCAUUUCGUAUUUCAAAUAUUGGACGGCUGACUCAACGAGGACAAUUCCUGCCAACGAUUUUAUCCGCCAUCUGUCACACUACCAAUCGGCGGUAGUACUUUUUCUCAAGCACAGAACGAUCUCGAAAAGUAAACAGUCGAUCCUACUCACCCUUGCGAAGAACUACAUGAGCCAGUACCGCGACCACGCUGCCACGGAGCUUGAGACAAAAUAUGCCAAGCUCAAGGAGAAUGUCAAAAAGUCGCAUUUGUACCUUACAGAACCCAGAUUCUGGGACAUUGCAGAAGACCUCAGAGUUCUGCUGAACGAACCACCGCAAAGCAUCGAUAUUGAGGCUUGGGAAGCCGCAGUGCCAGCCAUGCUCCCCCACAGUAAGGUCAUGGCGGCCAGAAAUGCUGUCAAUGCACUAUAUAAAGAGUUCCAGACAAAGAGAUAUCCAGAGGAUGAGGUUGCAUACCUGUGGCUUCUCACCUGGCGGAACAUCAAGCACAUCCUUCCAUAUCUAACCGCCGGUCGCAGUUUGAAUGCUAUCCGGCAAGAGUCUGGAGAAUUGCCAGCCACAAUUGAAGCCCGUGAUAUAGCUAUCCCUUUCGUGCAAGAAAACCAUUCUCAGUUAGUAUCCAUAGUUAAGGAAGACAACGAUGCCCUCUAUCAAAAGGACAUUGAGGAACUGGUUGGCAAGUACUGUACACAUAUAGACAGCUAUGUUCAAGGCAAAGGGGCAGGACAGGCACGCAUCUAUGAGCAGUUUGCCAAAUUGUCCAAUACAAAGCGGGUUCCUUUCACUUGUCUGGUGGGUCUUGAAGAGACUCUUCUGAAGCCAGAGCUUAAGCCGGCCAAUGGUCCGCAAAUGGUCGCCCAUCGCGUGGUCAUGCGCCUGAACCACAUCAUGGAAGGCCCGAAGGCGCUCAAACGGUGGGAGCUCUUCGAAAAUGGCAAUAUGAGGACAUAUCGCCCAACCUCAACAUGGGUGAAGGAGCAAGCAGCAUUGCCGCAAGCAGCAGGUUUCAAUUACCAGAAUGACAGAGAUUCUUACUCCCGUCCUACACCGGCUUCAUCACAACCACAAGGCUCUGGCGCUGGUGGUGGUGGUGAUGACGGGGAUGGUGACGAUAGGCGAAAUCGCCCUUCCGAAGAGAUCGGAGAAUCCAGCGACUCUGACGAGGAAAUAGAGGUGGUCAGCCCUGGCGGAACAAAGCGUAUAGAGAAGCGGAAGAAAGCGAAGACGGUUACCACAUCAGUCUUUGCAGAGACCCUGACAAAGGCCAAACUGGAGAAUCUCGCUGAGUUGGCGAGAAGACGGAAUACCGAUCGCGCUGGCUUAGACGAGGAGUGGGAAGAGGAUGAAGUGAUCGUGUCUGGACUUCAUCCACUUCCUGCGGAUAGCCUAGACUACCAUCGUCGAAGGCUAAGAGCCCUCCGAAUGGAGGAGCGUAGCGCUGUACCCCAUGCUCAAUAUCCUCUUCCUGAGAGUGCAGCCCCCGAACGAGCGGCCGCUCUUCAGAUUGCGAGAGAACUGGCAGAUCCAGGCGUUCUCACAGAAGGACCACGCCCAGAGGACGUUGAGCAUUAUAUUAACCCGGCGUUGCGCUUGCCCACGAUUGAAGAGGAGAAUGGAACUAGUCAACAAGUGCAAAAUGCAGAGCCGCACGUUGUCCGCAGGACACUGAGCAGAAUCCGUAAUAGACUAGGGAGUCCAUUCUUUGGCUCUUCUCCAAGACGUACGACACCAAAAGCAACUCCUGAAAUUCCAGAAACACGCGCUCAACGUGCUCGCCGUGAGCGUGAAGCCGGCGAGGCAACUCCACCUGUGUUGAAGCGACAGGCUGACAAGUUUGCCGUAAAGAAAUCGGCGCCUCGCAAUGGCAAGCCAAGGCAUUCGAAAUAUAGCGUACUGUCCUUCUCUAAGCUAGAUGUUCCAAAUAGCUUGGGCCAUCAUCGUCAAAGUUUAGAAGUGCGCAGGGUAGAGGUAUCUCAGGCUGGAGCAGAUGUACACUCUCCCAGUGAUGAUGAUACGAUCACUGAUCCAGAUUUGCCAUCGAGCGAUCGAAGCCCAGCCAAUAAUUCGGCUGCCUCUGUUGGAAGCAACCGCAAGACUACUCUCACAAGCCGGGAAAGCCACCCGCCUUCUACAAAUUCGUCCGCUAAACAUUCAAACCAGGAAAACCGAACACCUUCCACAAAGUCGUCUGCCAACCACUCAAACCGGGAAAAUCGAACACCUUCCACGAAGUCGUCUGCCAACCAGGAAAACCAGGAAAACCAAACACCUUCCACAAACUCUGCAGGUAACAAUCCUAACCAGGAGAAUGAAAGUCCUGGAAUAGACUCGAGUCAGGAGAAUCAAUCACCACCACGUACGAACCGACAAGCUCGAGGCAAUGCAGAGGACUGGAAUUCACCAAGUCCUCCCUACCAAUAUGACAACACACUUUACGAAGGAUCCCCAAUACGGGCCGCCAGCACGCCUACGCCAGUUCAAGGGGAUAAGUCCCGGAGGUCAACUGGGCGGAGAUUACCCGCUCCUCUACCAGCUGGCGCUCAAGCAGAACCCAGCGGACCAAACAGAGGAAGUCUGCACGCAAGCCCGCCUGGCCCACCUGAAGACGAUGGUCCAGAAGGCCAAAUCAGAGCAUUCAAUCACUGGGUCCGCAUGGAAUUGGCGUCCAACAACCCAGACAUGAUCAGCGCCUACAGGCUGUUCCGGGAGUUGCAAACAACGCAGAAUGGGAACGCCCUAGAUAACCUAUUCGAGAUGUUGCGUGUAGGGCACGAGGUAGGGCACUUCAACGACUACGUAUUCGAACGAAAUGUCACUUUCGGACCCGAAGCUCGUAGGCUGGUUCGACGUGGUGUGCCAAGUGCGGCUCGCUCACCUCGCACGCCACCAGCCCAAACCGACCGCUUCUGGCCAGGGUGGUGGAAUGACCCCUUGGAGGGGACUCGAGAGGGCAUCAAUCGACCGGGAGCUGCUUGGGCGGAGCCUCCAGUUGAGGAUGGAGAAGCACGGGUCCUUGUCCAUAGAUCAAGUCCGAGCAGGGCCGGCAGCCGCAGCAUUGACUCGAGUUAUUCUGCUGUGUCCCCUUCUCCCAUGAGAGAUGAACAAGGAAACAUCAUCCCAUGGAGAGCCAGCAUCGAAAGAGAAGUCACAGAAGCCCUCGGCGAAGUUGUCCCACGAUCUCCACUAACCGGGGCCUCCAAUCGUGGCUGGUCGUUCAGCCCCAAUCCCGUCACUGGAUUGCCAGAGCGACAGUUCAACAUCUCCAUCAAUCCUGACAACCGGCCAAGCACUGGCCCCUGGGAUCUGGGCGAGCCGCUACUAGUCCAAGAUCCGCUCAACCCGGGCCAGCUGAUCCCGAGCCCACACUUCGAUCCCGCGAUCCUCGCCUUGAUCAGUGGAGGUGGGGGAGAUGAUCAUGGUGAGAUCAACAUCAUUGUCCCGCGUGGAUGGAGAAUCAAUGUUGCGACUACCAGUGCAGAUAGGGGACAGGGUGUACCGCCUCCGUCUGGUGAUGCUGCCCGUAGUAGCUCCUCAUCAUCGAGCUCAGGUCCGUCAGGAGACCAACAAGUCACCAUCUCCGGUCCCGGUUUUGCGAUUCAUCAAGACCCACCCUCUGGUAACACCAGUGUCAGGGAGAGAUCGAAUGCACCGCCUACGCUUGGCUUGAUCGACCAGCCGUUACCAGAGCACAAGGAUGUGAUUGAGAGCAUUGAGAAGGAUUUUUCGCAGUCAAGCUCACAGGCGCAUUCACCGCAGAAAAGCACCGGCAGCAGCUCAACCAAAAGCAAGAACAGUCGUGAAGGUAGCAGCUCACAUCACAGCAGCGGAGGUGAAAGUGCCGACAAAGGCGGAAAGGGGGCUCGUAGUAGCAAUUCAUACAACAGCAGCAACGACUCCCAGGCUCAAAGCGGCAGCGAAAAGGCCCAAUCCGGCAGUGGGGACAUUCAGGUAGCACCUCCAACUACAGCGACGCAAGCAGAAAUUCAAGAGGAGUCAGCGGCAGCGGAUAACUCCAAGUCCGCUUCCAACCUCUCCUCUAAAUCCAACUCUAAAUCACCAACACCACCCACAAACACUACCCAAGCCCAACCCUCUUCAUCUCCUUCCAUCCCAGAUAGCGCAGGGGAGGAGCCAUGGUACCUCCACUGGGAGACCAGCGCCGUCGUUGCGUUGCGAGCAGAACUUCUGCGUCGCGGCAUCCCACUGCGGGGUCUGCGUCUGAAACAACAGAUGAUAGAUCGGUUGAGGAGGGAUGAUCAGGAGAAUGGGGUUGGUGGGGUGUGGCAGCCUCCUGAUGAUGGAGGAGAGGAGCAGGGAGAGGAAGAGGAAGAAGAGAACAUGGAUGAGGAUGAGGAGGCGGGGAGGAAUGCUAAGGGCAAGGGCAAGUGUAAGUGGGGAAAGAAUGAAGAAAAAGUGGGAAAAGCAGGCAGGUACCACAAGGAGACCCGGGAUCAGUCAGGAUCGGGCACCGGCUCAAGAUCACUGGAGAUUCCCCAGACGCCAACUCAGACUUCACCUCGGGUCAAGGUUGAGGAUGAGGAUGAUGGUCGACGACUGCUAAAGAGGAGAGCGAAUCCCUUUAUGGGCAACGCUGAUGCUUCCGUUCGCGCUGUCAAACGGCAAGCGAGAGAGCUGUAA